AUGCCUGAGAACAAUGAACAUAUUCCUCGCUCCGCUUCCUCAUCAGGCACUAAUAUCGCUCUCAUCCUCCUUGCUGGCAUGAUGUACCAGGAAUGA